UUCAGUUUCAUUGGAUAUUCCCUCAGUGAGGAAGCUGAGCAGGAGUAACUGUGCAGGAUUUAAACCCAGUUUUAGGGAGAGUAGCAGUUGCUAUCAUAGCAGCUUUUGUCCCUUUCUCUCACUCAUCCCACAGUGAAGAUGGCUGAGGCAUUUUGUGCUACUUGGAAGCUGAUUGACAGCCAGAACUUUGAUGAGUACAUGAAAGCAUUAGGAGUUGGCUUUGCUACUCGCCAAGUGGGGAAUGUUACCAAACCAACUGUGAUCAUCAGCCAGGAAGGUGACAAAGUGGCAAUUCGAACACAGAGUACUUUCAAGAACACAGAAAUAAACUUCAAACUGGGAGAAGAAUUUGAUGAAGUUACUGCAGAUGACAGGAAUUGCAAAUCCGUUGUGAGCAUGGAUGGUGAUAAAUUGGUUCAUGUACAAAGAUGGGAUGGCAAGGAAACAAACUUUGUUAGGGAAAUUAAAGAUGAUAAAAUGGUCAUGACUCUCACCUUUGGUGAUAUUGUUGCUGUUCGCCAAUAUGAAAAAGCAUAACAUCUGUCAGCUUAUUGCCUGGGGUAUUCAUACUUCUGGAUGAAAGAAGAGCUGUCUUUAGAAGUCAUCUUUGAAGUAAAAA